GGCCGACCGGAGAGGCUCCUCCGCCCGCUGCGGUGCGCGCAAACUCCCGGUGCGGCAGACCCACGGAUCCCCCUCGUGUACAGAUGUGUCUCCGUCCAGCUGUGCUCGUCACAUUCACCCAGCGAUCAGGAGCUGCCCACUGAGACAACAUCAUGUCCAACUCUCAGAGGGAAAACGGCUCCGCAGAAGCCAAGAAAUCCGACCUGCGCGAGAAGAAGUGCUCUUGGGCCUCCUACAUGACAAACUCCCCGACGGUGAUCGUCAUGAUCGGCCUGCCGGCGAGAGGGAAGACGUACAUGUCAAAGAAACUCACACGGUACCUCAACUGGAUCGGAGUCCCAACCAAAGUGUUUAACUUGGGCGUGUACCGCAGGGAGGCCGUCAGAGCGUACAAGUCCUACGACUUCUUCCGCCACGACAACGAGGCAGCCAUGAAAAUAAGGAAACAGUGUGCUCUGGUAGCUUUGCAGGAUGUGGGGGCUUACCUGAAGGAGGAGGGAGGUCAGAUCGCGGUUUUUGAUGCAACAAACACAACAAGAGAGCGUAGAGACCUCAUCCAAGGCUUUGUGAAGGAGAAUGGAUUCAAGGUGUUCUUCGUGGAGUCGGUGUGCGACGACCCUGAGGUGAUAGCUGCCAAUAUUCUGGAAGUGAAGGUGUCCAGUCCCGACUACCCUGAGAGACACAGAGAGAGAGUAAUGGACGACUUCCUCAAACGCAUCGAGUGCUACAAGGUCACUUAUCAGCCGUUAGAUCCUGACAACUAUGACAAGGACCUGUCGUUUAUCAAGGUGAUAAACGUGGGCUGGCGUUUCCUGGUGAACCGGGUGCAGGACUACAUCCAGAGCAAGAUCGUGUACUACCUGAUGAACAUCAACGUGCACUCUCACUCCAUCUACCUGUGCCGCCACGGAGAGAGCAACCACAACGUGGAGGGCCGCAUCGGGGGGGACUCCGAGCUUUCUCCUCGAGGGAAACAGUUCGCCCACGCCCUGAGAGGCUUCAUCGAGGAGCACCAACUGUCGGAUUUGAAGGUUUGGACGAGUCAACUGAGGAGAACCAUCCAGACGGCGGAGGAGCUCGGGGUUCCUUAUGAGCAGUGGAAGAUUCUCAACGAGAUCGAUGCUGGUGUGUGUGAGGAGAUGAGCUAUGAGACGAUCGAGAACACUUUCCCAGAGGAGUUUGCUUUGAGAGACCAGGACAAGUAUCACUAUCGCUACCAAGGAGGAGAGUCCUACCAGGAUCUUGUUCAGCGACUGGAGCCGGUCAUCAUGGAGCUGGAGAGACAGGGCAACGUGCUGGUCGUCUGCCACCAGGCCGUGAUGAGAUGUUUGUUGGCGUACUUCCUGGACAAAAGUGCAGAAGAUCUGCCGUACAUGAAGUGUCCGCUCCACACUGUGCUCAAACUCACACCUGUGGCGUAUGGUUGCAAAGUUGAACUGUUUUAUCUGAACGUGGAGGCAGUGAACACACAUCGAGACCGGCCCCUUCAUCUCAUCUCCUACCAGGAUGAAACCCUGAGGGACUCUGCUCUCGUACCUCGGAGGAAUAGUUAUACUCCCUUGUCCAGUCACGACCAGGUCAAGCGUCCCAGGCUCUACAGUGCAGGAAACCCGCCCUGGCUACCGCUUGCCCCCACGCCAUCAGCUCUGAUGCCAGAGGGACGGCAAAGCCAAGAGUCCCUGUGCGAAGGAAUCGACUUUGACAGCUCCGAGGAAACUAGUGGCUGUGUCCGCUUCUGAGUGAAGAUGAAAAGUCUUGUUCUUCACGGCGCAAAUUAAAGUUUGGGUUCGAUCAUGAUUCAGAAGAUGGAUAGAAGUAUUUUUGAACUACAGUUAUUGGAAAUCGUGGUCAGAGAAGGAUGAAGUCAAAGAGGAGUUUGUGUUUUAAAACCAGGCAACUUGGACACAGGGUCAAUUUUUAUUUCUUUAUAUCUGCAGUUUCUGUAUUUGUCUUUAUUCUGCAUUCUGAGGCUUUGACCUGGAGGCCUUAUCACUAGUAUCAUAAACUAUUCUGCAUGUGCACUACAAGAAUCUUUCAACAAAACAACACAACACAGUGUGUUAAACAACUGCCAACUGUUUCUUAUUGUACUGUAAAUAAUACAGAGCCUUACUGAUCAUUACAUACACUGAGUAUCAUUUCCUCUAUUCUUCUCUAUACAAUCACAUAUUAUGAAAAAAAAUCAAUAUCUACAUUUGCAAACAGAUCAUGUUAUAAAAUAGAUGCUGUAAAAACUUUUUAUAAUAUAAAUCCGCUCAUCUUAUAGACAGACAUUUGCACUUUUGAUUGUUAUCUGAAGCCAUCGUUUGUUGUCUCAUCUUAUAGAUUUGAGAGAUUGUACUGUACAGGGCUCUGAAGGAAGAUUAAAAUGCUGUAUAAAGAUUUAUCCCUCUUGUUAUAGAAGCAUCGUUAGAAAAUACUUCACAGUACUUGACAUAUCGUCCCGGCAGUAGGUGACCGAUGAACUUUCUGUCUCGAGCUGCUGUUCACAAUGUUUUUAAUGUGUCUCAAUCAGCUCUUAAUGAUACACAUUCAUUGUGUUCUCUCAAGGGAUUUGUAGGUAUCAUUGCUAUUUUGUUGAGAUACUUUUGUUCAUGUUAUCAAACAAAGAAUUUGAUUUAUUUGCUUCUUGCAAACGUUUAUUUUCUUCUUAACUUUUCCUCAACAUCAGCCUUUUUAUUUACUAAUGCAGAGUUUCAUUGGAUGACUGUGUAAUGUUUGAUCAUUGAUAAGUUACUGCCGUGCUCCAAUCAGCCUCCUUGUGCCUUUUUAGCAGACGAUAAAAGUGAGUUUCAAUGAGUCUUGUUUUUUCUCAAAGAAAUAUCAGAGUCAAAUGAAUCUGAGCAUUCAACUGUGUUAUUGAUCCCUUUUGACUUUCAUUGUAUUAUCCCUUGUUAUAUCAAAAACGUUAUCAAUAUUAUUAAAGAACUAAAUGAAAUUCGAUUUUUUGGCCAAUUUGCUUUGUUUUACCUUGUUUUAUCAGCACAAGGCCAAAAGUGUCACGAAAUGGAGAGGUUGAAUGGAGAAGCUAAAUGACUUAGCAGGUUGAAUAGCAAAAAGGGAAAUUAAUUAAUUCACUCAGUUGCUUAUUUCUCCUAUCAAGAUUCAUUUUUUAGAUACACAUUGUGUUAUUCAAUGAGUUAUAUUUUCUAGGGACAUAAAAACUGUUAAUAGUCUAAUUAAAACAGUGAACUACGAAUAUGUAUACUAUGAAUAUCUGCUGAUAAAUCCUAAUAAAUCUUUUGUUGCAAAGGUUGCAACUGAAUCAAUUCUCUCCUUUAUGAAUCCUCACAUGUCUCGUUGAUAGGACUGAAUCUUAAAUCUGUUACCACACUCAGAUCAACUAAACUGUUUUUGUCCUGUAUGAAGCCUCAUAUGUCUAUUUAGACUGCCCCUUCGGUUGAAUCUUUCACCACACUCAGAGCAACAAAACGGUUUCUCUCCUGUAUGAAUCCUCAUAUGUCUAUUUAGAUCGCCACUUUGGUUAAAUCUUUUACCACACUCAGAGCAACUAAACUGUUUCUCUCCUGUAUGAAUCCUCAUAUGUAUAUUUAGAUAGUCCCUACAGCUAAAUCUUUUACCACACUCAGAACAACUAAACUGUUUCUCUCCUGUAUGAAUCCUCAUAUGUAUAUUUAGAUAGUCCCUACGGCUAAAUCUUUUACCACACUCAGAACAACUAACCUGUUUCUCUCCUGUAUGAAUCCUCAUAUGUAUAUUUAGAUAGUCCCUACGGCUAAAUCUUUUACCACACUCAGAACAACUAAACUGUUUCUCUCCUGUAUGAAUCCUCAUAUGUAUAUUUAGAUAGUCCCUACGGCUAAAUCUUUUACCACACUCAGAACAACUAAACUGUUUCUCUCCUGUAUGAAUCCUCAUAUGUUUAUUUAGAUGGCUCCGUAGGCUAAAUCUUUUAUCACACUCAGAGCAACCAAACGGUUUCUCUCCUGUAUGAAUCGUCAUAUGUUUAUAUAGAUCGCCCCUUUGGUUAAAUCUUUUACCACACUCAGAGCAACUAAACGGUUUCUCUCCUGUAUGAAUCAUCAUAUGUGUAUUUAGAUGGCUCCGUAGGCUAAAUCUUUUACCACACUCAGAGCAACUAAACGAUUUUUUCUCUGUCUUACAUCCCAUAUCACUUAGAGGCCGUUUGUUGUUUCUUGUAUUUAAGCCAGUCUGAGGUUCCCUGGUCUCCAGCCAAU